GUGUGUGUUGGUCGCCAUGUUGGUGUGGGGCUCGUUUCUCCCGUUUCUCCUGCUGCUGCUGUGUCCGCAGUGUGAGUGAACGGAGCGGGGCUGCAGGGGGAGAGACACAGCGCCCACUCCCCACAUCGGCACUCUCCCUCCGGCAGGGAACCAACUACUACUCACACUGCCCACUCUCGACCGAGGACAGGACUUGUUUGCUUAGUCGUCGGAUUAUUAUUAUGGACUAUUAUCCGUACUGUCUGCUCCGAGGAGCGAGCUAAUUUUUUUAGAAGUUGUGUCAAGUUAGCUUUCAUCUGGCUAACACGGUUUGUCGCCCUGUGUUAGCUUGUCGGCUAGAACUUAACUUUGUGGUUAGCUAACCGUAGUUCGCUACAGUGCGCCGUUAUUGUGGUUCACGUUAAUGCUAACGUCUCAUAUGUGGAUUUAUUAUAUUAAAUAAUAGCUGAACAAAAUAGUUAGUCCUUUUGGUUACCUAAGUAAUCGAUACUUACCUUCGUGUUUUUUUUUAGUUUUCAAGCAGUCAUACCGCUAGCGAGCUUAUUAGCCACCUAGUGUAUGCUACUCUGCUGCAGGGAUACGUUAGCUAACGUUAGCCGUUUGCCACCACUGCAGCUGAGGUAGAGUUGAUGUCCAGUUUUAAAUCUUGACAAGACACUAACGUUUGAUAAUGAGCAGCUUCUCAGUGUUUGGUUAUAAACCAAUGCUGCUUAAGAACUGAGGCGUUGUGGUGGUCAAGUUAAUCGCCAGGCUAUAGUUCAGUUAUUGACUAUCGUUAGAAGAUCGGUGUCGGUUCUGACAGUGCAAAGGACAUUUCAGUUUGUUUCAAUGGCACAUAAUUAAAAUUUGCCGACUGGCUUGAGGCUCAAACAAACUUUCAGAAAAUGUAGCGGAAAGUUUUUAGCGACGCUAAGUGAUUCGCAAGCCGACAUAGCUAGCUUGCUAGCUAAUGUAGUUUGGACGCACAAUGGUUUGCUGCUGCAUAUGAAUGGGGUCAUGAAUUGUUUUCUUAUGUGGCUAAGCUAGCUGUCUGCUUAGCCCCACCAUCGACGUGGCUCGUUGACCACCUUUCAUGUUAUUGUUUUCAAUUGCAAGAAUAUUCUCUCACAUUUUGGAAUAAGACAGGGACUACCCUCGUUUGAACCAUGUCGGGGGAAGUUCGUUUGAAAAAGCUAGAAAAAAUGGUCCUCGACGGCCCCGUCCAGUCUAAUGGACAGUGUUUCAGCGUUGAAACUCUUCUGGAUGUUCUGGUUUGCCUUUUCGAUGAGUGCAACAACUCUCCGCUACGAAGAGAGAAGAAUAUAGCCGAGUUCUUGGAGUGGGCUAAACCAUUCACAUCAAAGGUGAAGCAGAUGAGACUGCACAGGGAGGACUUUGAAAUCCUAAAAGUGAUUGGCCGAGGAGCGUUUGGGGAGGUAGCAGUUGUAAAGGUGAAGAAUUCAGACAAGGUGUUUGCCAUGAAGAUUCUCAACAAAUGGGAGAUGCUGAAAAGAGCUGAGACUGCAUGUUUUCGGGAGGAGCGUGAUGUUCUGGUGAAUGGGGAUAGCCAGUGGAUCACCACACUGCACUAUGCAUUUCAGGAUGACAACUUCCUGUAUCUGGUGAUGGAUUACUAUGUGGGCGGCGAUCUUCUGACUCUGCUGAGUAAGUUUGAGGACCGCUUGCCUGAGGAUAUGGCCCGUUUCUACCUGGCUGAGAUGGUGCUGGCAAUUGACUCUGUGCAUCAACUCCACUAUGUACACAGAGAUAUCAAGCCAGACAACAUUCUGUUGGAUGUGAAUGGACACAUUCGAUUGGCAGAUUUUGGCUCCUGCCUUAAGCUCAUGGAGGAUGGAACGGUGCAGUCCUCUGUGGCAGUUGGCACUCCAGAUUACAUCUCUCCAGAGAUCCUGCAGGCCAUGGAGGAUGGCAAGGGCAAGUAUGGCCCUGAGUGUGACUGGUGGUCUCUGGGCGUCUGUAUGUAUGAAAUGCUGUAUGGGGAAACACCUUUCUAUGCCGAAUCCCUGGUGGAGACUUAUGGCAAGAUCAUGAACCACAAGGAGCGGUUCCAGUUCCCUGCUCAUAUCGCAGAGGUUUCUGAGAAUGCCAAAGACCUGAUCCGCAGACUCAUCUGCAGCAGAGAGCACCGACUGGGCCAAAAUGGGAUCCAGGACUUCAAGCAGCACCCCUUUUUCUCUGGCAUUGACUGGGAGAACAUCCGCAACUGUGAUGCACCAUACAUCCCAGAAGUCAGCAGCCCCUCGGACACCUCCAACUUUGAUGUGGAGGAUGACUGCCUCAAAAAUUCGGAGACAAUGCCUCCUCCUUCUAUAACGGCCUUCUCUGGACAUCAUCUUCCAUUUGUUGGCUUCACCUACACCAGCCAGUGCUCUCUGUCAGACCGUGGGUGUCUGCGUGAGUCCACAGCACCUGUGCAGAUGGACGUGUGUGUGCAGCGUAGUUUGGAGGAGAGUCUGGCUACUGAGGCAUACGAGAGGAGGAUCCGCCGUCUAGAGCAGGAGAAGCUGGAGCUCAGCCGCAAACUGCAGGAGUCUACUAAGACAGUGCAAGCUCUGCAGUACUCCAGUGGAGAUGGUCCUGUCUCUGCUAACAGGGAAUUUGAGAUCCGAGGGCUGAAGGAGGAGAUUGAGACUUUGAGGAAACAAAUUGCAGACUCUGGCCAGUUAGAGCAGAAGUUGGAACAGGCCAGUGCAGCCCGCAGGGAUCUAGAGGAGUCCACCAAGCACAUUCGCUCUCUAGAGAAGCAGAUAAAGACAUUGAAGCAGGAGAGAGACGAUACGCAGAAGGAGCUGUUGGAAUCUACAGAGAGGCAGAAGGCUCAAACAAAGGAGCUGAAAGAGGCGGACAGCCAGAGGAGGCUGGCUAUGCAGGAGUUCUCUGAGAUGAGUGAGAAGGUGACAGAGCUGCUUUCACACAAGCAGCGUCUCUCCCGCCAGCUCCGGGAUAAGGAGGAGGAGAUGGACGCGGUCAACCAUAAGCUGGAGGCCCUUCGGCUUGAUGUGCGUAAAGCGGAAAGGACAAGAAAAGAGACGGAAACCCAGGCAGAGGAGCGGGCUGCUGAAGCCCAGAAAGAGAAGAAGCUGAGGGAGCGCAGUGAACAAUACAGCAGACAGCUGGAAGAGGAACUGGAGAGAAUGAAGCAAAAGCAGGUGGGUCGCUCUCCAGCUGCUGGGGCCACAGAGCAGCACCAAGAGCUGAGUAAGCUGCGUGCAGACCUGGAGAAGAAGACCGUAUUCUAUGAGGAGGAGCUCUCUCGCCGUGACCUGCAGCACACCAGCGAGGUGAAGAACUUGAAGAAGGAGCUCCGGGAUGCUGAGGCCCAGCAGGUCUCCCUAAAGAAAGAGAUCAUGAUGCUGAAAGACAAGCUGGAAAAGACUCGCAGAGAGAGUCAAACUGAACGAGAGGAGUUUGAGACAGACUACAAGCAGAAGUAUGAGAGGGAGCGGGUCCUACUGACCGAGGAGAACAAGAAACUCUCCAGUGAAUUGGACAACUUGACAACUUCGUAUGAAAAGCUGAGCUAUAGUCACAAGCAGCUUGAGGAGGAAAUGAGAGAGCUGGCUGAUAAGAAAGAGAGUGUGGCCCACUGGGAGGCCCAAAUCACAGAGAUCAUCCAGUGGGUGAGCGAUGAGAAGGAUGCACGGGGCUACCUCCAGGCUCUGGCCACUAAGAUGACUGAGGAGCUGGAGGGCCUGAGGAACACAAGUCUUGGAGCCCGAUCUACGGACAUGCCAUGGAAGAUGCGACGCUUGGCUAAGCUGGACAUGUCUGCCCGUCUAGAGCUGCAGUCUGCUCUGGAUGCAGAAAUCCGAGCAAAGCAAACCAUUCAAGAUGAACUCAACAAAGUCAAGGCUGCCAACAUGGCCACAGAAUGCAAACUCCAGGAAUCUGAGAAGAAGAACCAGGAACUGCAGGUAGAGAUUGAGAGACUGAAACGAGAAACGGACGAUCUGCGGAUGUCUAAGGGCGUCAAGCACCAAGAUUCGCAGAACUCCUUCCUUGCAUUCCUCAAUGCUCCGACUUCUGCCCUAGAUCAGUUUGAUCGAUCCCCUGCCUGUGGCCCAGCCAGCAAAGGCAGACGUAUUGACUCCAUUGAUAACUUUAGUCUGUCCAACACACCAUCAAGGGAUGAGGACCGCAAGUCCCAGCUCAUGUCCCGCUCUCGAUCUCCUUCCACCACCAGUGACAUGGAGCCUCUUGAGGUUGUGGAUCAUCCACAGAGAGGUGCACAGACACCUACCAUGCGUUCUGGAGGAUACAGUAGCACUGGCCUUGCCACACCUAAGCCAAAAGCUCAUCAGUUUGUGGUGAAGUCUUUCAACGCUCCCACCAAGUGUAACCAAUGUACCUCUCUAAUGGUGGGACUCAUCCGACAGGGCUGUACAUGCGAAGUCUGUAAUUUCUCCUGUCAUGUGACAUGUGCGGACAAAGCCCCUGCAGUGUGCCCUAUCCCGCAAGACCAAAUGAAAGGGCCUCUGGGUAUUGACCCCCAAAAAGGCAUUGGCACAGUUUAUGAGGGACAAGUCAGAGUGCCAAAACCAGCAGGGGUGAAGAAGGGCUGGCAGAAGGCCCUUGCUGUUGUUUGUGACUUUAAGCUCUUCCUUUAUGACCUGGCAGAGGGCAAGGCUGCUCAACCCAGUGUAGUCGUCAGCCAGGUCAUCGACAUGAGGGAUGAAGAUUUCUCAGUCAGCUCAGUAUUGGCAUCUGAUGUCAUUCAUGCCAGUAGGAAGGACAUUCCUUGUAUAUUCAGGGUCACGGCAUCUCAGCUGUCUGCCUCCGGCAGUAAGAAGUGCUCCAUCCUGGUCCUAGCUGAUAGUGAUCAAGAGAAGAAUAAGUGGGUGGGCGUGCUGAAUGAGCUGCAUCGUCUCCUAAAGAAGAACAAGCUGAAGGAGCGCUUUGUCUACGUACCUAAAGAAGCUUACGACAGCACCCUGCCUCUCAUCAAAACCACUCAGUCUGCUGCUAUAAUAGAUCAUGAAAGGAUAGCCCUGGGCAAUGAGGAGGGGCUGUAUGUUAUCCAUGUCACCAAAGAUGAGAUCAUCAAGGUUGGGGAUAAUAAAAAGGUCCACCACAUUGAGCUGAUCCCUGCUGAGCAGUUGCUUGCUGUCAUCUCUGGCCGUAAUCGUCAUGUGCGUCUCUUCCCCAUGGCGGCCCUGGACGACCGUGACACAGACUUCUACAAGCUCCCUGAGACUAAGGGCUGCCAGACCCUAGUUUCCGGCACAAUGAGACACGGAGCUUUCACCUGCCUGUGUGUGGCCAUGAAAAGACAGGUCAUCUGCUAUGAGCUUAACAAGAGUAAGGUGCGGCACAGGAAGUUAAGGGAGCUCCAGGUGUCUGGUGUGGUGCAAUGGAUGGCUCUGCAGGGGGACAAGCUGUGUGUAGGUUACCAGGCUGGCUUCCUGCGCUACAACUUGCAGGGGGACGGACCCCCCACAAACCUACUCCAUCCAGAGGAUCACACUCUGGCUUUCAUUGGGCAACUGAGCCUGGAUGCACUGUGCGCUGUGGAAAUCUCCACUAAAGAGCUUCUCUUGUGCUUCAGCAGUAUUGGAGUUUACGUGGACUGCCAAGGCAGGCGCUCACGCCAGCAGGAGCUCAUGUGGCCAGCUGUGCCAACUGCCUGUUGUUAUAAUGCACCUUACUUGUCGGUAUACAGUGAGAAUGCUGUGGAUGUUUUUGACGUGAACAAUAUGGAGUGGAUUCAGACCAUUCCUCUCAAAAAGGUUCACCCUCUAAAUAUAGACGGCUCUUUGAACCUACUGGGGCUUGAGACAGUGCGACUCAUCUACUUCAAAAAUAAGACAGCUGAGGGAGAUGAGCUGGUGGUUCCAGAGACAUCUGAUAACAGCAGGAAGCAGAUGGUACGCAGUAUGACAAGCAAACGGCGCUUUUCUUUCAGAGUGCCAGAGGAGGAGAGGCUGCAGCAGCGGAGAGAGAUGCUUAGAGAUCCUGAGAUGAGAAAUAAAUUGAUCUCAAAUCCAAUUAACUUCAAUCAUGUCGUUCAUAUGGGCCCAGGAGAUGGGAUCCAAAUACUUAAAGAUUUACCAAUGCCAGGGUCUCCUCUUCCCUCUCCCCACCUGCGCCUCAUCUCCGCCCCUACCAGCUUUGAGCAUGUCUAUCACAUGACUGUCACCUCUGCCGACAACUUCCUGUCCCAGGACUCCCCUCUCUCUUCCCAUUCCCCAUCUCUAAGCUCUGCCCCAGGGACCCCUGCCUCCAUCUGCUCUCUGAAUGUGCGUCCUCAGGAGAGCCGUGGAGUACUGGGUGGCUCUGUCAGCAUUCCCUCCAUCAGCAAGGCCAGACCUGAGCCUGGACGCUCAAUGAGUGCCAGCAGUGGCCUCGGCACACGUUCAUCUUCUCAGAAUGGCAGUGCUCUGAGGCGAGAGUUUUCUAGUGGAAGUUAUGGCUCCACAAAGCGACAGACGAUGACCUCACCCUCUGAGGGCUCACUCUCAUCUGGUGGGGGUGUGGACUGCGGGGGUGACGCCCCCCUCUCCCAGUUUGACAGAGAGUGGCAGGCAGUUUCGCCCACAGGCAAGACCCCUGAUGUGAAAAGGGCUUUAAGGACUCUGAUUAGUAAGAUAAAGGACUCUGAUUCACCACGACACUCAACAGCCUCCAACAGCUCCAACCUAAGCAGCCCACCAAGUCCAUCUUCCCCACAUAAAAUCAAGUCCCAAUCCCUGGAACGCAGCGAGCACCCAGGCUGGGAGACCUGAGGCCAGCCCCAGUCUGCCACCCACUCACCCUCCUCCCUGGCUCUGCUGGAGGCCUCAAGAGCUUGAAGACCCCUUUUUUCCCUUAGGUAAAAAGAUAAGUGAUGAACUGACUCCCAGAAGGAAAUUUGUACACUACACAUGGGGUAGUGUGUUAGCAACUCCUGCAAAAAUAGAUUGGGUUAUUGUGUUUAUACAGGAUGCACAUUUAAACUACACCUGAGCCUUUUAAGCCUUGCUUUGGCAUCACUUUUUUACCUAUCAGUGAAAGACCUGAACUAGUGCUUCACAUCUGGAGGAGAAGUACCUGGACGUGUGUUAUGGAAAAAAAAGAAAACAUUGCCCCCUAGUGGGUUUUGUUUAGAGGAAGAAACAUUCAGUACUUUGCCAUCUUAGAGUUUUGCAAAGUUUUAAUGAUUUUAUCUGCCAGUUGCAAUAUUAUUUUAAACUUAACAUAUUAAAGUAAUCGAAAUACCUAUACCUUCCUAAUUUAAAAAAAAAAAAACACUACAGUCAAGACACCAUUCUUUGGUCUCCUUUUGCUUAAAAA